AUGGCACUGCGAGUCACCAGGAACAUGAAAAUUAAUUCUGAAAAUAAAGCAGAGGUCAACAUGGCAGGCGCCAAGCGGGUACCUGUGGCCCUUGCCAAGCCAUUGAAGCCUGGCUUGAGGCCAAGAGUCGCGCUUAGAGACAUUGGUAACAAAGUCAGUGAACAGCCACAGCCCAAAAUGGCUCUGAAAAAGGAAGCAAAAACUUCAGCUGCUGGAAAAUUUAUUGUAAAAAAAUUAUCAAAACCUCUGGAAAAGGCCUCAUUGCCUGAGCCUGAACCUGAGCCACAGCCAGAGGAGAAACCUGAGGUUGUUAAAGAGGAAAAGCUGUCUCCUGAGCCUAUUUUGGUGGAUACUCCUUCUCCAAGCCCAAUGGAAACCUCUGGAUGUGCCCCUGCAGAAGAAGACCUGUGUCAGGCUUUCUCUGAUGUAAUUCUUGCAGUGAAUGAUGUGGAUGCCGGUGAUGGAGCUGAUCCAAACCUUUGUAGUGAAUAUGUGAAAGAUAUUUAUACUUACUUGAGGCAACUUGAGGAAGAGCAAGCAAUCAGACCAAAAUACCUCGUGGGUCAAGAAGUCACUGGCAACAUGAGAGCCAUCCUGAUUGACUGGCUGGUUCAGGUUCAGAUGAAAUUCCGGUUGCUUCAGGAAACCAUGUACAUGACUGUGUCCAUCAUUGAUCGAUUCAUGCAGAAUAAUUGUGUACCUAAGAAGAUGCUACAGCUUGUUGGUGUCACUGCCAUGUUUAUUGCAAGCAAAUAUGAAGAAAUGUACCCUCCAGAAAUAAAUGACUUUGCAUUUGUGACUGACCAUACUUACACAAAACACCAGAUCAGACAGAUGGAAAUGAAGAUUCUAAGAGCUCUAAACUUUAGUCUGGGCCGUCCUCUGCCUCUGCACUUCCUUCGCAGAGCAUCCAAGAUUGGAGAGGUUGAUGUUGAGCAACAUACUUUGGCCAAGUACCUGAUGGAACUAACUAUGCUGGACUAUGAUAUGGUGCACUUUCCUCCUUCUGAAAUUGCAGCAGGAGCUUUUUGCUUAGCUCUGAAAAUUCUUGAUAAUGGUGAAUGGACACCAACUCUACAACAUUACCUGUUAUACACUGAAGAAUCCCUUUUAACUGUUAUGCAGCACCUGGCCAAGAAUGUAGUCCUGGUAAAUCGGGGGCUUACAAAGCACAUGACAAUAAAGAACAAGUACGCAACACCUAAACAUGCUAAAAUUAGUACUCUAGCACUGCUGAAUUCUGCACUCGUUCAAGAUCUAGCCAAGGCUGUGGCAAAGGUGUAG